AGUCUGGCAACACCCGGUAGGCAUCGAGUACUUUUGCCUGACAGCUUAGUGGUGUAAGAAGAAGCGGCAAACAUAAUACGCGAUUGUACACCAGCGGGCCAAACUAUUCAAGGAAUACCAACGCGUGGGCCGUAAAACAAUCGCAACGCAAAAAUGGCGGAUCCACUAAGUCUUUUGCGGCAAUACAAUAUAAACAAAAAGGAGAUUAUCGAGCGUGAUAAUCAAAUUAUAUUCGGCGAAUUCUCCUGGCCGAAAAAUGUGAAGACCAACUAUCUCAAAUAUGGUUCUGGCAAAAAGGGCGCUCCACGUGAAUACUACACGCUGGAGUGCCUGCUGUACCUGCUCAAGAAUGUUAUGCUGCAGCACUCCGUGUAUGUGCGUCAGUGUGCCGCCGAGGAUAUACCUGCCGUCAAUCGUCCUGAUCGUAAGGAAUUGCUCGCCUAUCUCAAUGGUGAGACGCCAACGUGCGCCAGCAUUGACAAAAGUGCUCCGCUAGAGAUUCCAACACAAGUGAAGCGUACAGCGGAUGGAGAUGCAGCGGCAAGUGGAGAGACGGCAGCCAAGAAGGCACGCUUCGAGGAAACACAGGUGCAGAAGGUGCGCGAACAACUAGCGGCACGUUGGGAUGUGAAUCAAAAAGAGACAGCUGUCAACAUGGACAACAUCAAGUCACUGUCCGAGACGAUGUCGGUAGAGAAGAUUGCGGCCAUCAAAGCGAAACGUUUGGCCAACAAACGUACCACAAUCAAGCGCACCGACAAUGAGGAAGCCAUGGGCACCGAUUUGCGUGCCAUUCUUGACUACGAUGUGGACUCCACCAAGGACAUUAUAAGUCGCGAGCGCCAGUGGCGCACACGCACCUCGGUGCUGCAGAGUACCGGCAAAAUCUUUGCGAAGAACAUCUUCGCCAUGCUACAGGGCAUAAAGGCACGCGAGGAGGGACGCCAAAGGCCGCUGGUGCCCAAUCCCAUCAAGAUGCCGGAACCGCAACGCAUUGCAAAACCGCAGCCACAGUUGUCGCAAUACAAUCGUUACGAUCAGGAGCGUUUCAAUCGCCAGAAAGAGGAGACCGAGGGCUUCAAAAUUGAUACGCUUGGUACGUAUCACGGCAUGUCCCUCAAAUCGGUGACUGAGGGUUCGUUGGCCCAGCGCAAGGCACAGGCGAAUAUGCCACAUGGUGCUGGGGUUACAGGAGCCACAGCUGGAGGAGCACGCGCUGCAGCGGCGGCUGUCCAAAAGGAGCUGCUGCCUGCGGCACAGGCACGUCAAGUAUCAGGCGCAAAUGGACCACAGAAGCGACCUUCGCGCACGCCUAUUAUCAUCAUACCGUCUGCCAAUACAAGCCUUAUCACGAUGCUUAACGUCAAGGAUAUAUUGCAAGAGUUGCGCUUCAUGUCGACGACGGAAAAGAAGCAAAGCGGCUGUCAGCGAGAAAGCGAAGUGCUGCUACAGCGCAAGCGAAAUAAUCAGACGGUCUCAUAUCGCGUUGUGGACAAUCCCAUUAAGCUAACCCAGCAGGAUUGGCAGCGAGUUGUUGCCGUUUUUGUCAUGGGUCCACAGUGGCAAUUCAAAGGCUGGCCCUGGGAUGGCAAUCCCGUUGAAAUAUUCUCAAAGAUUUGCGCGUUUCAUUUGUGCUUUAGCGAGCUGAAACUGGAUGCGAAUGUGGAACGUUGGUCGGUAACGCUGUUGCGUCUGUCACAAAACAAGCGGCAUUUGGAUCGCGCUGUGCUCAGCAAAUUCUGGGAGACACUCGACAAAUAUAUGUUGAAGUAUAAACCCGAUUUGAGGUUCUGAGAAGAUGGCAGCACACAUCAGCAUUGUUUAUAUAUAUAUAUAUCCCGAGAGUUUACAGUUUGAGGGCAUCCUAGAACAUCAUGCAGGGCGGACGAACCACAAGUCUAAGCUAAGCAGUUUGUUCAAUAUGUACAAUAUAAACUAUGAGACAAGAGAGUUAAGCAGAUAUACAUUGUAUAAUUAGUGAUAAUAAACAACAACAAAAGUUAUAA